AGCAGCGACGGCGAGCGAGGAUCGUGGCGGCGCCGGCGGCAGCGGCCCAGCAUCAUCAGCACAGCGCACGACAUGCAGCCCGCACUGCUCGAGCGCGGCCGUCGAGCAGUAGCACCAAGUCGCCGCUUGCGCAUGCGCGGCUCAGUUUACGGUUGGAGCUCGGACGAAAAUGGCGUCAGCUAAGUUCCUUGAGGAAGCUCUCAGCACGGACGUGGACGAAUCAGCAGUUAGUGCCAUCGUCGGCUCCCUCGAGACGCAGCUGGUCAGCGGGGCCCAGCCUAACCCCCAGCAGCAGCAGCAGCAGCAGCAGCAGCAACAGUCCGCGGCGGCGCAGUCGAGCAACGGCGCGCCGAGCAGCGUAGUCGCGGCCGCAGCGGCGGCGGCAGCGACGACUCCGCCGCUCGACGGCAGCAGCGGGCCCCUGCAGAAGCCACCGCAGCAGCAUGUGGCCAACGGCACCAGUAACGGUGACCAACAGCAACAGCCCCAGCAGCCCCAGCAGCCCCAGCAGCAGCAGCAGAUCCCACCAACAGUCCUCGCCACAACGACGACGCCGAGUACGACGACGAGCAGCAACAUGACUGCCGCCGCGCCGCCGGUCCAGGAACUCGCCAAGCCAACGCCGAGUGGCCAGCCCCAGCCCCAGCAGCAGCAGCAGCAGCAGCAGCAGGUCUCAACCAUGCAGCCGUCUCCGCAGCAGCAGUUUGUCCCGCAGCAAGUGGCCGGCAAUCAGGUUACCAGUAAUCAGAGCAACCAGCUUAGUGCACUGGCCAAGGUCCAGGGGGAGCAUGUGAAGAUUGUCUAUCCCGGCAGCGGCCAGGUCAUCGCGACCACUGGCGUUGUCAACGCUAACAAUAAACUAACGUUUCCCGCGCAGAGCGUUGCCCAGCUGGCCAACGGCACCCUGGGUGUCGUCACCACCCAGACCGUCCUCCAGAGCACCUCUAACAGCGCAGUGAGCCAGGUCUCCGCUGUAUCUGGCCAGGCCACCGCAGCUGCUACUAAUCAGGCCCAGACCAUAAAUGUCAACAAGCAGACUGCCCUGGUCAUUAAGACAAGCGUCGCCCCGACUGGCAUGGUCUCCGUGCCCAUGUCCGUGCCAGUCACGGUUGCAGCCAAUAUCACUAACACGGCUCAGCCGGGAAAGGCAGGUGUCACAUCCGCAAUAGUGCCCAGUAACGUACAGAUACUCAAUGUCAAUGCCCUGCGGCCAGCCACCCCGCAGGUGGCUGGCCAGCAGCCCGCUAAACAGGUCGCUUCUAGGGUCGUCAUUGGUCAGCACAUGAUGGGAGGACGAGCGGGAACCCCUGGGAUAACGCUACAGACUAUCCAGGGUUUAGCACAAGGUGGUACACAAGGUCACCUGCUCUUGAAGACAGAGAAUGGUCAGUUUCAGUUAUUAAGGGUUGGACCAGCUAAUCCAAACAAUGCAGCAGUGACUCCCAACAGCAUCGCUGGAAGUGCAGCAGUUGUUGCAACACCAGGCGCUACGGGUACAACGUAUCGUCUGGCCUCAUUGCCAGCUGUAAGUAGGCUGAACGCACAGUUCACUGGUCCACCACUCGCCACAAUAAGAAAACCCAUUCAGACUGUAGCUCCUACUGUAACGACCACAACUGUAACCGCAGUGACGUCAACCAUAGUUGCUGCAACUACCACGGCUCCAACGCCAACGCCGACUCCAGCAUCAAUGGCAACCCCUACGCCUGCUUCGACACCAACAUCAACUGUUUCGCCCGCACAAGCGUCUCUGACUCCGGCUCAGAUAAGACAUCGUCAGGUCAAUGAUAAUACCAAAGAAAAGUGCCGUAAAUUCUUAGCGAACUUAUUAGAGUUGUCUAGUCGUGAACCUAAACAUGUGGAAAGAAGUGUUCGGACGUUAAUACAAGAGUUGAUUGAUGUUAAAGUUGAGCCCGAGGAGUUCUGCAUUAGAUUGGAGAGAUUAUUAAACGCGUCGCCACAGCCGUGCUUGAUCGGCUUUCUCAGAAAGAGUCUGCCUCUGUUGCGCCACGCGCUCAUCACCAAGGAAUUGGUCAUCGAUGGCAUACGGCCGCCGCAUCCCAAUUCUCAAAUGUACAUUCAGGCAUCAGGUUUUCCCGCGGCGUCGCCGACAGUCGUCACUCAGCAAAACCAAAUUAGGCCAACUGUAGCUGUUUCUCCUGCAGUCACGGCAGCAACGCCAGUUACGCACGUUCCUGCCACUGUAGCUCUUACACCACCAGCCACAACACAGGUGAGAGUCAUGGCACCUCUCACAGGAGUUACGAAUGUUCCGCGACCUCCUCAACCUAUUCAGGUUCAACAAAAGCUGAAUGUGGAUAAGCCAGUGGUGUCUUCUAUAAACAAAAAAAUUCGUCCGACAACGCCGAUACGACCAGGAUUGUUAGCUACGUACUCCGCAAAGACGCCUGUAAUUGCGGCGCCGGUGCACCAUCAGAUACAAUCGUUAUCCACAGUCGUAGUGAGCACAAGUGCGACUAGCAGCACGACGGGUGGCAGCGGUGCGACGACAACGACGAUCCGCCAAACCACGGGGCCGAUUAUCGUGCAAAAGACCCUUCCGUCGACGGCGGUGUCAAAGACGGUAGUUGCGUCUUCGCACAAAACCAUCACCACGACCACAACCCUAAACAAAGCCGCAGUGCCUUCCAUACAGCCCAAACUCGUGUCUAAGGAAAAGGAAAAGAAAACGUUCUCGUCUGCGGGAUACACGGGUGAUGAUGACAUUAACGACGUGGCAGCGAUGGGAGGAGUCAAUCUCGCGGAAGAAUCUCAGAGAAUCCUGGGAUCGACGAAAUUCGUUGGGACACAGAUAAGAUCGUGUAAAGACGAAGUAUUUCUUCAUAUGACCCCUCUUCAGCAAAAAAUUAAUAAAAUAGUGAGUAGUUAUGGUUUGGAGGAACCUAAUCAAGAAGUAGCGUCUUUAAUUUCACACGCAGCGCAAGAAAGGUUGAAAAAUCUAGUAGAAAAGCUGGCUAUUAUAGCAGAACAUAGAAUAGAUUUGGUGAAGGUUGACCCUAGAUAUGAGGUCACGCAAGACGUUAGGGCACAGUUAAAGUUUUUAGAAGAAUUGGAUAGGGUAGAACGUAAGAGACACGAAGAACAAGAAAGGGAAGUUCUGCUAAAGGCAGCAAAGAGUCGAGCGAAAACGGAGGAUCCCGAGCAAGCCAAAUUGAAAGCGAAAGCGAAAGAGAUGCAACGGGCAGAAAUGGAAGAGGCUCGCCAGCGCGAAGCUAAUCAAACAGCCCUUCAGGCUAUUGGUCCGCGCAAGAAACCGAAGCUUGAUCUCGGGGGUUCCUCGGCAAGCAGUCCGGGUGGCACUGCAGGUCUGGCUGGUACCGGUGCCGGCCUCAACCGCCAAAUGCCCUUGCGACCGCGCCUCAAGCGUGUUAACUUCCGAGACCUGCUCUUCCUGCUGGAGCAAGAGAAGGAGACGUGUCGGAGCUCGACCCUGUAUAGAUCAUACCUAAAGUGAUGCCGCUGUGGCCGCCGCAGCAUACGUCGAUUCUAUCGUCGCCGUAGCUUACGCGAACAGAUGGCCUUUCGGGCAACGACAAUGAUGGUGAUGAAUACAAAAGCUCGCGCGUGUAUUCACACUGCAGACGCACAUCCACCGCUAGGUUGUCUUGCGCACGUCUGUGUCGUCUCUAAGACUUUUUUCUUUCGAGAAUGUCGAGGUCGCUAGGGUGCCAAUGCUUUCCUGGGCGUGCAAUAUGAGACGCAUGGACGUUUGUGUACCUCGUACAACUGAUUGUCGAUACUAAGCUUCCCUUAUAUAUUUGUAAAUUGACUGAAGAGCGAAGAAGAUGAACUUUAGAAAAGUGUAAUAUAAGAUAGAGUUUCUUUAUUUUUUCUUUCGUCUUCUUAAUCUAAUUCUAGUUAUUCUUGAGUCGCGGUGUUACGUCAUCGAGAAAUCGAGAAAGAUGAAUUAGCGUUGCCCUGGUUUCAACAUUGACAAUUAUUGCUUUUAUUUAUUGAAGUUAGAGGAUUACUGACUACUAGACUAAUUUCAGUUCAUGAAUCGUGAAGGCUGUGUUUUUGUGUGCUAUGAUGAUGAAAGAUUAUACACUUGAUACAUUUUUUAUUCAAGAAAAUAAAAAUUAUUAAAUUGGUACGAUGCUAGCGUUUACCGCGUAUGAGCUAAUUAAAAAUUUUUUUUUCGUUAUCUAUUUCUACUGUAAAAUUUAAAAAUCUGUUGAUUUUCUUCCAUGAAAAUGUUGCAACCAGGGUAAAAAUGAGGCAUUCUCGUUUAUGAGAGUAUAUAUUCAUUUUCUACUAAGGAGUAGGGAACUGGUGAAGAAAAUGAAUGCCUCGAGUCAAUGAUAUACAAAACACAGGUAGUGCGUAAACGUUUUCCACAGCUAAUGCAUGCGUUACGGUCACAAAGUACACGAGUUUGGAAAAUUUUCGUUUCGUUGUAUGUGUUACAACUACGUGUUGUCGUCAUCUGAUCUGUACUUUUGAAAUUAUUUGCUGAAUUUAUUUCUCUUCGCAAGUGAAAUAGUGUAUUUUCAUUUGAAAAGAAAUCGUUGCGAGCGUAUUGUCCAAAAAGUAUGAAUAUAUUAUUUGUACGAUAUUUUAAUUGAUUAUACGAUUAUAUGAGAAUCAUGAUUGUUUUUGUCAAUAUUAUUAAAAACUUUUUGGUCCCCAGGACUAUUGUUAAAGAUAUCUCGUUUUUAUACUUACUUUACUCACAGUCAAUCGAGUCCAAUUUUUUUAUAACUUUUUAAAGUUAUAAAAAAAUUGGACUCGAAUUGAACUUAUUCAAAUAAAAAAAUAAUUAUUUUUUUAUAUUUGGGCAGCAACGUUGUCUUGUGAUCGUGCAGCAUAAUUUGGAUUUUACUAAUUAACAACAAUAACAAAGUAAGAAGCAGUUGGCGUGUACCUGAUUUUUGUGUUAAAAUAAUAACAAUGGAGUCGCUACGCAAGAAUAAUGCUGGUGCCUACAGUUGCUAAGAUUAAAAGAAAAAGGAAAGCGAUCAUUCUAGAGGCAACUGAAACAAGAAAAAAAAAUCUUGAAUUCAUUAGACGUCUAGCGAGCGAUUCUCUUACCUUCCAUUAUUCCCACAUUAAUCUUAGUCAGAGCCACUUUCCGUAGUAUUUAAUUUGGCACUAAAAUAAUCACAAAUCAAAAGAAAUACAUAAUUCCUACUGAGAUGGUUUUAUGUUUCAAAUACUGAAUUGUCAAAUGGCGUCAGUGUGUACGAUAGAAUUGAACUACAAAUCGCAAAUAUUAAUAUAGUUUAAUUUGAUACUGCGAGGUAGUUGGAAAAAGUCAUCAGAUUUAGCAAUUGUAUUGGCGUUGCUUCUAAACGCAAUUUUGAGAUCACGUUCUUUAUAAUAUCCAAAAAGGCAUUUAUCAAUUCAUUUUCUUUUCUUAUGCGUGUAUGGUCUUUGUAAUAUAUUGUACAGCGACGAAAUUUUUUUACAUGUACAGAAAUAAAGAUAAAAAUAAAAAAUACGAAAAUCUUGAAGAAUUAGUAUAGUAUCGGCGAGAUGCUUGCCGAUGCGAAUUUUUAUUUACUAGCAGAUGAACUACUCGAGAGUAUAAAGGAAAAAUAUUGUCACAAUGUAAUUGUAAAUGAGAGACAGAGAAAUACCUUUAAGAGUUUAAGAAAAGAAGCCUGUACGUAAGUGUCGCGAAAUUGCGAUGUAUAUUCAUAUUAUGUAGGAUUAGGGAGAGACAUUUAUGCUUCCUCGCGCACGUCUUAUGGACAAGCAUUCUUUUAUUUUUUUUUAUUAAAAUAAUGACAGUUCGUUUACGACGAUAUUGCGCAUAAUUAUAUUUAUAAUGAAGAAAACGUCAAAUGUACGGCUAAUGAAUAAUAUUACGAGCUGUAAAAAGAGACGACUUUUUUCUCGACAAGUAAUUCCUAAAAUUUAUUUCGACGAACAAUUUUCUGUAUCUCAAAAACGUAAUGUAUAUAAAUUAGAAAAUUAAUUAUUACUUCGUUCAUAAGUUGUAAACAUUACUGCUAUACAUUAAGUACGGAGAUAUAUUUUUCCUUUUAAUUAAUUCAAUACCUGCUGCACCAUUCUGUGCGUAAAUAACUGAUAAUACUUUUCGAUCUAAAGAUCUUGGUUUGAAGAAGAAAAAAAAAAUUUGUUUGUAAUAGAGGUUACACACUUUACUCUUCUGUGUAACGAGUAAAGCAAGCCUUCGUUUGCUCAUUUUCUUUUCUUUAUAUUUAUUUUGCAGCAGUCGCGAACCUCGCCUGCAUUUUAUCGUUCGAACUGCAGAUACCCUCGCGUAUUUCAAAAUUCCUCGUAAAUCGUCUCCUAAAACUGCCACUACAUUUUGUUAAGAAUUUGUCAAGUAUAUAAUGAGGAUUUAAGAAAAAAUGUAUAAAGUAACGGUAUAGCAGUUUUGGUACCGUAUGCUAUUUUUACAAAAUGUAUUGAUUAAGCCGUGAGAAAAUAAAUUGAUUAACGCGAG